AUCUCUUUUUUUUCCCCCCUCCCCUCACUUUUAUCAUAUCUAUCUCUAUCCCCUCUGAACCUUUUUGACUCCCCGUGCUUUUCCAUUCAGUGGUUCUACAGUCCACUUCAUCGACUCUCUUUCCUCCUCCCCUCUCUAUCAUCUCUCGCUCACCCUUCCAACCAUGUCCCUCCCGUUCCCUACACGCCAACUCUACUAUGAUGGCAAGGUCCAGCCCGCCACUUCCGGCAAGACUUUCCAAACCAUCAACCCUUCCAACGCUACCCCACUGGCCGAUAUUCAAGUCGCCGCUCAUGCCGAUGUAGACUCGGCCAUCGCCGCUGCCGACCGGGCAUUCCCUUCCUGGUCUCAAACUCCUGCUAUCGCUCGUGCCCGCAUCCUCCAGAAAGCCGCUGCCCUUCUGCGUGAGCGCAAUGAUGAGAUUGCUCGUGUUGAAACUCUCGAUUCCGGAAAGGCUUACACGGAGACGAGUACCGUGGAUGUGGUCACUGGUGCCGAUGUCCUGGAGUACUAUGCGAACCUGGUUGGUGGCGGUGGUCUGAAUGGCGAGACCACCCAGUUGAGGGAAGAUGCUUGGGUAUACACGAAGAAGGCCCCAUUGGGUGUCUGCGCGGGUAUCGGCGCAUGGAAUUACCCUAUCCAAAUUGCGCUGUGGAAAUCCGCUCCAUGCUUGGCUGCUGGAAACACUAUGGUCUACAAACCGAGUGAAUUCACCCCGCUCCACGCUCAGACGUUGGCCCAGAUCUACACGGAAGCUGGUCUUCCCGCAGGUGUCUUCAACGUUGUGUAUGGUGCAGGCGACGUGGGCGCCUACCUGACUGCUCACCCCACGAUUGCCAAGGUUUCUUUCACAGGCCAGGUGUCCACCGGAAUGAAAGUCGCUGGUUCUGCUGCCGGCAACAUGAAAUACGUGACCAUGGAGCUUGGAGGCAAGAGCCCCCUCAUUGUUCUUCCUGACGCCGAAUUGGAUAAUGCCGUGGAUGGUGCGAUGAUGGCCAACUUUUAUAGCACUGGCCAGGUCUGUACCAACGGCACUCGCGUUUUUGUUCCCUCGAGCAUGAAGGCUGCUUUCGAAAAGCGCCUCCUGGAGAAGAUGCAGUACAUCCGCCCCGGACCUCUGUUUGAUGAGGCCACCAACAUGGGGCCCCUGAGCUCAGGCGUCCACAUGGAGAAGGUGGCCUCCUACAUCCGUCACGGAAUCGAGACGGACAAGGCCACCCUUCUGUAUGGUGGGUUGGGCAAGCCGCAAGUCCCCAAGGACUUGGAGAGCGGAUACUGGGUCCGACCCACUGUCUUUACUGACUGCACGGAUGACAUGCGCAUCGUCAAGGAGGAGAUUUUUGGUCCUGUCAUGUCUAUUCUCUCCUACGAGACUGUCGAGGAGGCGGUGAAGCGUGCAAACACCACCGAGCUGGGCCUGGCUGCGGGUGUCUUCACCAAGGACCUUAACCUGGCCCACCGUGUCAUCGAUCAACUGCAGGCUGGUAUCACCUGGAUCAACAGCUGGGGCGAGAGUCCGGCCGAGAUGGCUGUCGGAGGCUGGAAGAACAGCGGUGUGGGUGUUGAAAACGGUCGUCGCGGCAUCGAGGCCUGGGUGAGGAACAAGAGCACCCUGGUGGACAUGAACGGCUCCGUCGCCACCGUCUUUGCUAAACUGUAAAUGAAGUAUGUUUAAUGACCCGUCUAUAUAUAUGUCUGGAUGUCUAUAGGAAAAGAUGAAUAAGAAGUACAUAUAUCUAUCGAACAGAGCUGGGAAUGUUA